CACGUGGCAAUUUGGGAGCUGGGUGUUAGUGUUGUUGAUUACAGUGUAAGAAAAAAAAGAGAUAUGAUUCUAGAGUGGUUCCUCUACGUCAUCGUCUUCUUCUUCUUCUCCCCCAAAUCCUCUCGCUAGGGUUUGUCUGCUACGCAUCUUGGUUUACGCGUCUUGCUCCUUUAGAUUGCCUUUCCGGUAGAUAUAUGAUUCAUCUUUGGAUCAGUGGAGGAGCUAAGCUAGAAAAGGCUUAGGGAUUCAAUUCAACCAGUGGAUUUCUUUGUUUUUUUGUCUUAUUUUGAGAAAACUGAGGAUAUGUCAAGCGGUAGAAACACCCACUGGUGUCACAGAUGCCAGCGUGCUGUCCGGCUUCACGGCCCGGACCCUGUAUGUUCUUACUGUGGAGGAGGAUUCGUUGAGGAGCUCGACACGCCUCAAGCCUUAGCCGCCAACCCAUUUGAUAUCUUUAGAUCUCACAGGGACGUUGAUCCUGCUUUUGAUCUCAUGGAUGCUUUCUCCGCCUUUAUGAGGAACCGCUUAGCCGACCGAGAACUCAGAGGAAGAUCCAUCACUUCCCGUCCUGAAAGCUUCCCCGGCUUAGCUCCUUUGUUGAUCUUUGGUGGUCAGGUUCCUUAUAGAGACAAUGCAGUCGAAGCUCUCUUCAGUAACGGCUCGCCUGGCAUUAGCAUCACGCGUGGUAACACCGGCGACUACUUCUUCGGCCCUGGUCUUGAAGAACUCUUUGAGCAGCUCUCUACCGGCGGCUCUACUCGCCGUGGCCCGCCGCCUGCUCCUAGAUCUUCAAUAGAUGCGUUGCCAACCGUCAAGAUAGCGCAGAGGCAUCUCAGGUCGUCGGACUCGAACUGUCCUGUGUGCAAAGAGGAGUUCGAGUUGGGAGCAGAGGCGAAACAGAUGCCGUGUAACCAUGUAUAUCAUUCUGACUGUAUCGUCCCGUGGCUGGUUCAGCACAACUCAUGCCCUGUCUGUCGCCAAGAGCUGCCAUCAGGAGCUUCAAGCAGCGAAAACAGAAGCACCACCACCAGAAGAAACUACAGAAGUAGUAGCAACAGCAAUGAAAGGAGGAGUCCUUUCUCUUCCUUGUGGCCGUUCCGUUCGUCUGGUUCAAGCUCAAACAACAACACUCAAAACCGUGGAGGCACGAGAAACUCUGACGCAACUGAUGAGAACCAUAACUAUCAUCACCAGCAACAGCAACAGCAACAGCAGUCACAUAUGGGUUACAGUGGCUGGCCUUUUGAUUAGUAAAGGUGAGCUAAAGUUAAAAAAAAACUUUGGUCUCACUAUGUUCUAUGUUUGUGAUUGUGCGUCUUUGUCCUUGUGCUUUCCACUCUUACUCUCUUAUCAACAUAAAUAAUGGAGAAGAAGUGUUACUGUUACUGUAGAUCUUUUGCAUUUGUGUAAAACAUGCUUUAUGUUUAGUUGGGUUUGAUAAUUCAAUAAAACAAAUAAAAUGAA